AUGAGGUAAAUCCUUAAAGAUGAAAAUCCUGAUCUUGUGGUAUCAACUGGAGAUAAUGUCUUCGCUUCUUGCUCAGAAGCUUAAGUACCAGGAUGGUAUGCUUCAAAAUACUCUAAAUUUGUAUAACCAAUGAUUGAUUUGAAUAUACCUUGGGCAAUAACAACUGGUAAUCAUGAUAUUGAAGGAGAUUUAGAUCAAGUUAGAAUUUCAGCUUUAGAUAGGAGUUAUAUGUUAAGCUAAACAUUACCACCAGCAGGUGAUUUCCAUUUAGACUUUAAUUAUAUACUACCUAUUUAUGAUCAUAAUGGAAAGAAUAUAGCUUACAGACUCUGGUUUUUAGAUUCGGGGGCUGAUGAUUGCCUUGAUACAGAGGGAUAUGAUUGUUUUAGAUAGGAUUAGAUUAAUUGGGUAAAAUAGGAAAGUACCAAGAUUUCCAACACAGACCCAAGUAAAGGUAAGGGGAUGAUGUUAUUUCAUAUACCACUUUAGCAAUAUAUGAGCUUAGUCAACGAAAAUGAGUACUAUGGAUUAUUUGGUGAGUGGGUUUGCUGCCAAGAAGUAGAUACCGGAAUGUUCAAAGUGAUUCAAGACUAUAAAACUGUUGACUGGAUAACUUGUGGUCACGAUCAUAAUAAUGAUUAUUAUGGAUAAUACUAAGGCUUAAAUCUUGCAUAUGGUAGAAAAACAGGUUAUAUGCAUUAUGGUCCUAGUGAUCUUAAACAUGGAGCAAGAGUAUUUGAAAUUCAAAUAGCACCAAUAUAUAAAGUUAAAACUUGGAUUAGAAACGAAGAUAGUACUAUAGAUUAUCAAUCUUAAAAAACGAAAAAAUAAAUCUUUUUGCCAAAUCAAAAAUUCUGCGGUGCAUCAAUAAAUUCUCUUAAUUUCUUGAAAGAAUUCGGACUAGAUAAGUGGAUAUCUCAAAAAAAUAAAUAGAAUAUUUGA